AUGGGCACGCAUCCGACGAGGCUCAGCUCUCGCAGAAAACAGGAGAGCAGUAAACCUCACGAGCUCAGCUCGUUCGGCGUAGGCACACGUGCAAAGAGGCCGUCACCAGGCCACGGUGAGCGCUACGAGCAAGUGCAGGGUGGGCAUGAUCAAGGGACAGCGAGUGGUGAGAGCAAGUGUGGUGCGGGUGUAAGCUUCGAUUUGGUGAGCGCUGAGAACAAAGUCAGCGUGGACGCGGGUCACAACAGAGCAGGUACUGCAGAGACCUACGGCGAGAUCGUGACCCAAAACACGGCGAGCGUCAAGUGUGGCCGAAAACUUUAUUGGCACUGCGGGCAAGUGCACAGAGGACGCGGUCACAGCGCCAUUUGAGAACACGCUGAGCGCUGAGAUCAAGUAGUGGGAGCGCGAUUUAGAACACUAAAUCGGUGUUAGCAUUCAGCCAAACGGUUAUGACAAGGGUGCAAACGAAUGUUGCAGAGGCUAUGGAGCACGAUGGAGAGCGAGCGUUGACACUUGUGGCACCAAAUAUAAAAUAAUGAUGCAAAUU